CGGGGCUGCCUCCCGUCCACCUGGGCCUGGAGAUGUUCCGCUCCCUCACCGGCGACUCCUUCGACCUCUUCACCCCGGACUCGGAGGUGUCGCUGACCUACCCCGAGGCCGAGGCCGAGGCCGACGCCUUCUUCAGCGAGAGCGACCUGUCGGUGGACCGCAAGCUGAACCGGCCGCACAGCACCCGGCACCACCGCUACGAGGUGGUGGGGGAGCUCGGCUCCGAGGAGGUGCGCUGGUUCUACAAGGAGGACAAGAAGACCUGGAAGCCCUUCAUCGGCUACGACUCGCUGCGGGUCGAGCUCAUGUACCGCGAGCACCUGAAGGAGAUGGCGGCGGCGGCGGCGGCGGCGGAGGAGGCGGCGGAGAGGCCGGGUCGGCCGGGCCCGGGGCCGGGUCAGGACGGCCUGUCGCCCGGUGUGGCCUCUGUGUGUGUCCGCGGGGGACUUUACGAGGUUAACGUGGUGGACCAGCAAUGCUACCCGGUCUACUGGCACCAAGUGGAUACGAUUCCAGUGAUGCGUGGUCAGUGGUUUAUCGAUGGGACAUGGCAGCCUUUGGAAGAAGAAGACAGCAAUCUGAUUGAAGGUGAACACCUCCAAUCUUUUCGGGGUCAAAGGAUACAUGAAGGUUUUGAAAUGGAUGUAGCCAAACCUAUGGAUAGUAAAGAUGUUUUCUCUCAUCUGCCUCCCUUCUACAUUCCCUUUCUGUUCAAAUGGAGAGGAUAUAAGGAAAGUGCAGACACUGCAUGUAACAAAAGAAAACGUUCCCAAGCUAUACAUAGCUUAAAGCUCAGCCGCAACCACGUAGACUGGUACAGUGUAGAUGAAGUUUACCUUUACAGCGAUGCAACCACAUCCAAAAUUGCCAGGACAGUUACUCAGAAGCUGGGGUUUUCCAAAGCAUCCAGUAGUGGGACUAGACUACAUAGAGGAUAUGUUGAAGAGUCUUCACUGGAAGACAAACCUCCCCUCCCCACCCACAUUGUCUUUGUUAUACAUGGAAUAGGCCAAAAAAUGGACCAAGGUCGCAUUAUCAAAAAUACAGGCAUGAUGAGAGAUGCUGCGAGGAAGAUUGAAGAGAAGCAUUUUGCCCUCAGUACGCAAUUGGAAUAUGUUGAGUUUUUGCCAGUGGAGUGGAGAUCAAAGCUCAGCCUGGAUGGGGAUAUUGUUGAAAGUAUUACACCUGACAAAAUCCGUGGUCUGCGAGACAUAUUAAACAGCAGUGCCAUGGACAUCAUGUACUACACCAGUCCCCUCUACAGGGAUGAGAUUGUGAAAGGCCUUCAGUGGGAGCUAAAUCGGUUGUAUACCCUUUUCUGUUCUCGGAACCCAGAUUUUGAAGUCAAUGGUGGGAAGGUUUCCAUAGCGGCCCAUUCACUAGGCUGUGUCAUCACUUAUGAUAUCAUGACUGGAUGGCACCCAGUUCGCUUUUAUGACCAAAUGAUUCAUGAUGAAGAAGAAACAACUGAAAGUCCUAUGAGUUUUGAGGAACGUCAGCUCCUGGAUGAAAUACUGAAGACUAAGCGGCGAUUAAAAAAAUUGGAACAACAAUUAGCGCAAGUGAAAGCCUCAUCCCCAUUGAAACCACCUGCUUUGCAAUUUAACGUUGAAAAUUUCUUCUGCAUGGGCUCCCCUCUAGCUGUUUUCCUAGCAUUGCGUGGCAUACGUCCUCAAAGCAGUAAUACUCAGGAUCACAUCCUACCAAAAAGUAUCUGUAAACGCUUGUUCAAUAUAUUUCACCCAACUGACCCUGUGGCCUACCGACUUGAACCCCUGAUCCUGAAACAUUACAGUAAUAUUGCACCCCUCCAGAUUCAUUGGUACAACACAGGUGUCUUAGCAGCCUAUGACGAGGUUAAGCCAGUCUACAUCAAACCAGCCAAAGAGUCAGUGACCGUCUCGGCAACUACCUCAAUUACAGAAGUGGAAAACGUAGCCAGUCCAAGCACCUCACCUGUCUUGUCUCGACGACAUUAUGGGGAUUCAAUAACAAGCCUAGGGAAAGCAAGCAUAAUGGGAGCUGCACACAUAGGCAAAGGUAUUGGUGGAAUACUGUUUGCAAGAUUCACACGCUCUGGUGCUAGCACUGCUCAAAUCAACUCCGAGUCUAUAAUGAAGGAAGGAACAGAUGGAGAAGAAAAGAAGACAACAGACAAUCAAAGCAGUCCAUUCAUGCAUAAUUUAUCACGCAAUAAUUCUUACCUUUUGGAUGGUGCACUAGAACUUGAGCACCGGAUUGAUUUUGAAUUGCGGGAGGGCCUUGUAGAAAGCAGAUAUUGGUCUGCAGUAACCUCACACACUGCUUAUUGGUCGUCUCUAGAUGUUGCCCUAUUCCUUCUUUCAUUUCUAUACACAAAGGAAGUACCUGGAAAUGAAGAAAAUAAUAUUCUAUCUGAAAACUGACACAACCCUCCACUCCCUGAUAUUUUUUUAAAGGAGGAGGCACUGUGUUCACAUGGAGAACUGUACAGAGAGACUGUUGGUACUGCUGCUUUAAGUGCAAUGUAAAGCCAGGAAUGCCGCUUGGUUCGUGUUCUAGGGUCCACAACGACAACUGGAGAAAUAUGAUUGUCCUAUUUCUAGAUGGAAUAGUCAAACUUGACUAGUCACGACCAUUUUUUCUUUCCUACACUCCUUAAAAUUGUGAUUAACUAUAUUUCAGAUACAUGAAGUAUUUUAUUAAAGUUCUAACCAACUGUUCUGUUAAUAACUAAUUAACACUUAAUAAUGUGCAACCGUAAACUUUCAGACCUAUUUGUAAUUUAUUUUUUAUUUAUUUUUCAAACCUGUGCAAGCUAUAUAAAUACUUCAAGAUUGAUUUUCAACUAGGAGUGUAACCCACUGCGAAUGCUGACAUAGUUUGCACUUUAUACUGCCGAAAUAGUUCUACAUUUUAAAAGUCUUGCAUUAUUGUACAAUUGGGCAAUGUUAUUAACAAUAAACUGUUUACAUGCUCGAAGUAUAGAAACUUAUUUUCAGUGUUUAUAAUUUAAUACGGUACCACUAAUUAUUACUUUUUUUUACACUAACAUUUGAUUCACGUUCAGUUUAUUUGUGAUCCAUGUAUAAAUCCAUUUAAAUUAGGUUUUUUUUAUUCUGUGAUAACAGAGCGAAAAAAGCUGCACUGAUGUAGUUCAGGAGGAGCUGCACUGAUUCAUUUUCCUGGUGCUUUGUUUUGGUAUCAGUUUUUGUUCUACAAAUAAAAGUCCUGAUGGUUUUACACAA